GGAGAGGAGUAAGGUGACGAGCUGCUGCUGCGGCCAGUGGAGAAGGGAGCAGGCGCGCGCCGGCCAUGUUCCGCAUCGAGGGUCUGGGGCCCAAGCUGGACCCGGAGGAGCUGAAGCGGAAGAUGCGCGAGGACGUCCUGUCCUCGGUCCGCACGUUCCUCCUCUACGUGGUGGUGCUGCGCGUCACUCCAUACAUCUUAAAAAAGCUGGACAGCAUAUGAGAACAAAAGCGCUUCAACGAUGGCUUGCCUGGAAGACCAAGGUGGACUGUGAUGGGCUUUAUGUUGAAUAGGCCUGCAAGGAGGAGGCUGGAUAUCCUGACGAACAGAUCCAAGCAUUUCCUAUAGAGAGAUACGUGGGAAGCCAUAGUAGAGCUGAAGAGAGAAAACAAGCAACUUUUUUGUCCCUGUCCUUACCAUGUGUGAAAAAACGGUUUCUUUAUGUUGGUACACAUUUAUUCCUGUUCAAAAAUUAUAAUCAACCUUUGUUUGGGAAAACUGGUGUCUGUAAACAGAGUCCUUUGGACUCGAGCUGUCCCUGAAGAAUUACGGUGAUAUUGUCUCUAUAUGAAGACUGUCAUUUGAAGCCUCAAUGGUUAAAAUAAAAUGGAGCAUAUGUUUUAAUCAUAA